AUGCCCAAGAAGCUGCUGCUGCUUCCCCCGCUGUCCGUGUCCUCGACCUUUCGCACCCUUCGAGCCCGGCCCGUCGCCUUCCCAACCAUGAACGCCGCCCGUUCGGGAUACCGGGUCUUCUCGGCCAACUCCACGGCUGCCUGCACCGAGCUGGCCAAGCGCAUCACCGAGCGUCUUGGUGCCGAGUUGGGAAAGUCUGUUGUGUACCAGGAAACAAAUGGAGAAACAAGAGUUGAAAUAAAAGAAUCUGUUCGAGGUCAAGAUAUCUUCAUUAUUCAGACAAUACCAAGAGAUGUGAAUACAGCUGUUAUGGAAUUAUUGAUCAUGGCCUACGCGCUGAAGACUGCCUGUGCCAGAAAUAUUACUGGAGUCAUCCCUUACUUUCCCUAUAGCAAACAAAGUAAAAUGAGAAAGAGAGGUUCCAUUGUGUGCAAGCUCCUAGCUUCUAUGUUAGCCAAAGCAGGUUUAACACACAUUAUAACUAUGGAUCUUCAUCAAAAGGAAAUACAAGGCUUUUUCAGCUUUCCUGUGGACAACCUUAGAGCAUCACCUUUCCUACUUCAGUAUAUCCAAGAAGAAAUCCCAAAUUACAGAAAUGCAGUCAUUGUAGCCAAGUCUCCUGAUGCUGCAAAAAGAGCCCAAUCAUAUGCUGAGAGACUUCGCUUGGGUUUAGCUGUAAUACAUGGAGAAGCUCAGUGUACGGAGCUGGACAUGGAUGAUGGGCGUCAUUCUCCUCCGAUGGUCAAAAAUGCCACUGUACACCCUGGUCUUGAGUUGCCUUUGAUGAUGGCUAAAGAAAAACCACCAAUCACAGUAGUUGGAGAUGUUGGAGGGCGGAUAGCCAUUAUAGUGGAUGACAUCAUUGAUGAUGUGGAAAGUUUUGUUGCUGCUGCUGAGAUACUCAAAGAGCGAGGUGCCUACAAGAUUUAUGUCAUGGCCACUCAUGGCAUCUUGUCUGCAGAUGCCCCUCGUCUCAUCGAGGAAUCAUCCAUUGAUGAAGUGGUUGUGACCAACACAGUUCCUCAUGAAGUACAGAAGCUGCAGUGUCCCAAGAUAAAGACUGUUGAUAUCAGUUUGAUUCUUUCGGAAGCAAUAAGGAGAAUCCACAAUGGGGAAUCCAUGGCUUACCUAUUUAGAAACAUUACUGUAGAUGACUAGAAUGCAGACUUGCUUUUGUUCUGGGGCUUUUGAGGAAAAAAAGGCAUGGCCAUCAGUUAUGUACAUCAAAUGUUUCUUAGGGGAGGAGAAUGCUGGAGGUUUCUUAGAUGGUGGAUAAGCAAAAGAAAAUUAACUUGAGCAGUGUUUAUACCAGAAACUUUCUUUUACCCUGUGGAGAAGCAUUGUAAUAGAGAUGAUGAAAAAGAAAUGAGUCAGCUGACUGAAGGGUCUCCUACCAAUCCAAUUCUUUUUUAUAAAAGCUAUUAAGUCUCAUGCUUAAAAUGAAUAUUUCAAAGACUUAUCUGAAACUUUCAUAACUCAACUACUUUGUUCAUUUCUUGGAAAAUGGAUUUGUUACAUUGAAACUGCUUCUACAAACAGAAUACUUAUCUGUAGUGCUUAUGAAUCAAGUUUCUGUUUAAGAAAGGAACUAAGUAUUCUGCAUAAGUAUAAGCAAGAAUGUUUCAUUUCAUAGGGUUAAAUGCAGUUUAUACAUGGGAUAGGAAAUAGUACAGUGAUAUUUAGCCUAUGAAUCUGGCCAUCUAUACAGGCUUUCCUUAAGUUGCAAUUUAAAUACUUUAUCUAAUUCCAUUCUGAACUACACUGUAGAAGUCAAGCCUCUGUCCCCAUCCUCCUUCCCUCUUUACAUGUGUGCUCAACCACCCCAUGUCCUUUCCCAUCCUACUACAUGAGUUGUAUGUAUGGUGAAUACUUGGGGAUUAAAUGAUAAAUUACAUGGCAAUGUGAAAUUAAAAUCCCUCUUUAUUAGCUCACAAUGUCUGUAUGGUGUGUGAAAUGAAUAGAUUCAUGCUUUUGCCUGUACUCAUCCCUUCUAAUUGGGGUCAGUCAUCUGUUGGGAGUUGAGGGUGUAGCUUACCUUUUGUAGUGACCUAGAAUUCAUUCCAUUUUCAUUAAUAUUUGAGGGUUAAAAAGCAUAAAUGGAACUAUACUGCAGUCGCAUUUCUCCCAGCAACAAGUUUUAAAUGUACAGAUAAAACUUUUUAGCCAGUUUAAUUUAGUUCUUCCAGAACUGCUUCUACAGUACUGAAAUUUGCUACUGUCUUGAAAAUAGGUAGAAUUUUGGUUGGGAAGACCAUGAGGAUUUAGGAAAAGCAGUGCAGUUUCUAGGGUGGAGCCUCUAGAGAUCAAUUAGCUGUGUAACAUUGGGAACAUUAUUUUACCCCUCUGAAUGGAUCCAUUUCCUUCAUUGAAAGACAGAAAGGUAUGGACAGAAGUCCCUUCAGCUUCUAGGAUCUGUUGGCCUGUUUACCACAAUAGCAAAAUUUUGCAUUUGAUUCUAAUACUGUAUGGUAAAUAUUUUCUUUAUUAGAGUACAGAAUUUCCUUGUGACCAAAAUGUAUUAUUUCUCCACUUUUGUCAAAGUUGGGUGUCUGGAAGACUGAUUUCAGUAAUUCUAAAGAAAAAUUAACCAUAGUUCUCCAAAGGUUAACUUGAGCUGAUAAGUUAAUUUUGUUUUCUUUGCUGUCAUAGGAAUCUGCUAGGGUGUAGAUGGGUGUAAUUUUUUUUUAAAGUUAAAUUAAUAAAUGGCAAUAGAGUACCUCUUCUCAAUUUUCAUUGACCUUUCCAUUCAAUCUAUCAAAAGUUAGCUGAGUUAACAUCCCUUUUAUCAUCACUACUCCCAUUUUAAUGAAGUCAAGUAGCAUAACAACCUAUUCAUUUUUGCUACUUUGAGUGAAGAGAACUAGUCUUUGAGAUGACAUGUUCUGAUUCACCAAAGUAGGGUGCAGAGUUUCUUUGAAAAUUAGCUCCAGUCCUCUUUUAAGUGGGAUGAUUUUCUCUCUGCAGUAGUUUAGCAAUACCGGAUUUGAAGUCAAAACAAAACCUAAUCCCACCUACCACUUAAUACCUUUUUGACCUUCCAACACCUCACAACUUUGAGUCUUUUUUCAUUUGCAAAGUGAAGAAAUUGGACUUAAAUCUUUUAAGAGCCUUUCCGGCCAUGAUCCAGUUGAACAGUGCCCAUGGUUAGGCUUGAAAUACUAAGCUUCAUCUUUCUAAUUUGCAAAACAGACUUAACAAGUGCACAUUUAAUUUUAGAGCAAUCUGUCAAUGUAGCAGAAGAAAGUCUUGCCACACAAAACACUUUCAAGAUAAUAGACAUAUAUUUACCACUUCUCUGCCUCCAUAGUGAAACUCCAAAGAGCCCACUUAUUUUAAAUAGCAAGAAUCCUUAACCUUUUUUGCCCAAUGAACUGCUUUGGCAGCCAGAUGAGAAUUUGAAGAGGGAUUGGGGGGAGCCUUUAGAGUAAUGUUUCUAAAUUAAUAUAAGUUUUACAAAAUAAAAUAAUUAUGAAA